UGCUUUCAAAGCUCGCAACGUCGAGGAAUGGCCUUCCACAACGACCUCCAGUUACCGCAGCCGUACGCCGAGCAGCAUAACCCCGCCGUGAUCCGCGCCGUUGGGUCGGCGCCGGAGACCUCCUCCGAAGCGGCGGCUUGGUUGACCGGUGGAAUUCUCCGGCUUGGUGGUGAUCCUGUCUCCGCGGAUCAUGCCGGGGCCGGUGAAGAUAGAGAGAGGUGGAAGGCUGAGAUUGUGGCUCACCCACUAUACGAGCAGCUGCUCUCGGCCCACGUCGCAUGCCUGAGGAUCGCGACGCCGGUGGAUCAGUUGCCGAGGAUCGACGCGCAACUUGCGCGCUCGCAUGAGGUUGUUGCCAAGUACUCGGCGUUAGGGCUUGCGAACCGUAUGGUGGGAGACAACAAGGAGCUCGAUCAGUUCAUGACACAUUAUGUCUUGUUACUCUGUUCUUUCAAAGAACAACUGCAACAACAUGUCCGUGUUCAUGCAAUGGAAGCUGUGAUGGCAUGCUGGGAACUUGAGCAGUCUCUACAAAGCCUGACAGGUGUAUCACCCGGAGAAGGCACAGGUGCCACUAUGUCUGAUGACGAAGAUGAGCAGGCAGAUAGUGAUACAAACUUGUUUGAUGGAGGGUUUGAUGGAUCAGACAGCAUGGGCUUUGGGCCACUCAUUCCAACAGAGAGUGAACGAUCCUUAAUGGAGCGUGUGAGACAAGAGCUAAAGCAUGAGUUAAAACAAGGAUAUAAAGAGAAGAUUGUAGACAUAAGAGAGGAAAUUCUCAGAAAACGAAGAGCGGGGAAGCUCCCCGGCGAUACUACUUCCCUCUUGAAGGCUUGGUGGCAAUCACACUCCAAGUGGCCAUACCCGACGGAGGAGGACAAGGCAAGAUUGGUGCAAGAAACAGGAUUGCAACUCAAGCAGAUCAAUAACUGGUUCAUCAACCAAAGGAAAAGGAACUGGCACAGCAAUCCAUCAACAUCUACUUCAACCAAGAGCAAAAGAAAAAGAAGUAAUGCAGGUGAUAUCGACCAUAAUCCAGAACACUUUAUGUAGACAAUGUGAACCCCUCAACCGGAUGCUGAAAAUGUUGGUGAUAAAAAAGAGAUGCCUGCACAAUGCUUUCAAUUGACAAGAAUUGAAGGCAGCAUAUAUGCAAACCAGUUUCUUGGCACAUUGAUGUAAUAGUGGAAAUGCUCAUCAGAUUUUGGAAGUGUUUUUGUUAUGGCUUCUUAAGUUCUAACAUUUUUCGCCUCAAUUUAAUAAGAACUCGUUUGGCUUAAA